UAAGGUGGUCAAAGUUCCAGGUCCAAAGUCAACAAACAGCCACAGUCUUAAGAUGAGGGAUCCUAUCAGCAGCUGCUCGUAUAACCAGCUGUAUCAAAAUGUGAAAAGAUUUUCAAAAAAUGGGGAGAACUUCUGCAAAGAACUUAUGACAGUUUUUCAGCAAAGGGCUGAGCUUGACCUUACUUAUGCUAAAGGACUGCAAAAACUUGCUAGCAGACUCAUCAAGGCCUCAAAGGGAAUGCCAAACAAUUCCACCUACAGCGCCUGGUGUCAUGUGUCAGAUGAGAUGUACUCAAGAGCAGACGCCCACAGAUCAUUAGGAAACGCAUUUCAGCAAGAGGCAAUUCUGGAAAUACGUCAAGUCUUGGAUGAACAUGGUAAAAGGAAGAAGCCUCUUGACAGUGCCAUUGAAAGGACUGGAAAACUCGUUACUGCAAACUGGAGUGAGCAGCUCAAGAUAAAGAAGAAACUGGUUGGACUAACGAGAGAACAUGAAGCUCUGUUCAACUUUGUUGAGAACAACAAACACAUUAGCACAGAAAAGGAAAAGCAAAAGAUGCUUAACAGACUGACUAAAUCGGCGGAGAUGCAGGCCCGGGUGGAUGAAGAGUACUUUAAUAUUAACAUGGAGGGUCAUCAGAUGAGACUCAAGUGGGAAAACACCCUGAAAAACUGCUACCAGAUCAUACAAGAGCUGGAGAAAGAGAGAAUUGAAGUUCUGUGCAACAUCUUAAAUAGAUACAGCCUCCACAUGUCUGGUUUUGGCCAGACCCUCAAACACGGCCAAAAACAAAUAGAACUGUUAGUCCAAAGGGUGGACAUGGACAAAGACAUUCGGACCCUGGUGGAGGAGAACAGAUUCUCAGCUGGAGAUAACAAAUUUGAGUUUUUGAUGGCUGAUUAUUUUGAGGAGGACAGCAAAUCACUGAUGGGCAAAGAGCGACGAAGAGAGUCCAUCAAACUCAAACUCCAGCGUCUGGAGGACACCAUUGCAAAAACAAAGAAAGACCGUGAGGGAAUUGAAAAACUGAUGAGAAUGUACUCUGAAAAUCCUUCAUUCUCAAACCAAAAGAACCUUGAGGAAACUGAACAGCAGCUCGAUGAGUGUUCACUGAAACUGGAUCUCCUGGAGGCAACUUUUCACAAACUCUCGUCAUCACUGUCUGAAUUAGAAGGAAAACCUAAGUCUUUUCACCGAUUUAGAGACAGCAUUGUGAAAUGGAAAGAUAAGGACUGCGAGCACAGUGUAGUUCAACUGACUCGUCAAGUCAAACUCAGGAGGACAACAUUCAGGUCCCGACAGUCACUGAGAGCUUCCAUCAUUUACAAAGGACCUGCUCAGUUUGUGACCCAACCGUCUGUGGAGCCUCCACAAAGUGCCAGUGACCAGGUCACAUCUACGGACUCAACACAUGAAACAGAAGCUUCAGAGCAGAGAGUCCCGUCUCACACUGGCAAUGACAAUCAAGAAGGUCAAACAACAGAAGUGUUUUGCAGUAUAGGAAAAUGCAAGGCCCUGUACAAUUUCAAACCUGAACAAGAUGAUGAGUUGACUUUAAAAGAAGGAGAUAUUUUGGACAUUUACAAAAAAGAGGAGAAGGGGUGGUGGUUUGGUAAACUAAAUGGACGGACCGGACAUUUCCCAUCAGCCUAUGUUGAGGAACUGUCUGGGCUAAGCAGUGCCACAUCAUCGGAUACCUGACUCACCCAAUGCAUGCACAGCAAAAAAUAUCAUACAAAACAAUGUAAAAACAAAGUGGAAGACUCAUAACAUACGUGAAUACAAAUUAUUUGCAAUGAACUGAAUAAUGAUAGUAAUGUAUUUUUUUUUUUUUCAAAAUGAUUGAUAAUCACUCACUUCAUGUGCUCCUCUACUGACAGGAUGUACAAUUUGUGUUACUGGUCUCUGCAGUCAUUUUACAAUGACAGAAUUCAUACAUUUUUUAAAUUCUGUCUUUAUAUUUGGCUUUUUAAUGGUGAAAUAUUAUUUAAUACAUUGUGUGCUGCCCAACUGCUGGACAUUUUACAAGAUUUUAAUACAAGUGUAAUAGAUGAAUAGAAUAAACACGUUAAAAUGGAGUCCAGGGUUAGGGUUGACAUACAUGAGUAAUAAAGUUAAUAACAAAUAAAUAAUAGCUGUUUACAUCAA